GCGUGGCGCCACCGUUCCCAGCCAGACCUGUGGGCGGCCACCGGCGGGCUAGGCUUCGAAAUGGCCUCCCCGCCGCGGUGCUCCCGGACAGACCCAGACAAGAACUGCAAGCUGCCCCCACCCUCGGCCCCCACUGGUGGUUACUCUCCCGGUAGGCUGUCCUGGGGGGCCCUAGUGAGAACCUUAGGCUGUUUCAAUCUGUCGAUCCCGCAGAGGCACAGAAACGUGCAGCUGCUGGCCACUCUGGACCCCCUGGCCUCCAGGGAACCACCACCGCUGCUGCCCAAGAAGCAUGAGGUACCGGAGAAAUUGAUCUGGGGCGACCAGGACCCUCUCUCCAAGAUCCCGUUUAAAAUUCUGAGUGGCCACGAGCACGCUGUGAGCACUUGCCACUUCUGUGUAGAUGACACAAAGCUCCUCAGUGGCUCCUAUGACUGCACCGUGAAGCUGUGGGAUGCGGUGGAUGGUUCUGUGGUUCGUGAUUUUGAGCCCAGGCCCAAAGCUCCUGUUGUAGAGUGCAGCGUCACAACCGACAGCAGCAGAGUCAUUGCCGCCUCCCAUGAUAAGACGGUGAGGGCCUGGGACCUGGAGACAGGGAAGCUGCUGUGGAAGGUCAGGUAUGACACCUUCAUCGUCUCCUGUAAGUUUUCUCCUGAUGGUAAAUAUGUGGUCUCAGGCUUCGACGUGGAUCACGGAAUCUGCAUCAUAGAUGCUGAGAACAUCACCACCAUUUCCGUUGUCAAAGAUCAUCACACAAGGUCCAUCACGUCCUGCUGCUUUGACCCCGACAGCCAGAAGGUGGCUUCUGUCUCACUGGACAGGUGCAUCAAGAUCUGGGAUGUUAGGUCCCAGGCCACGCUGCUCACCAUCACUAAGGCGCAUUCCAAUGCAAUCUCAAACUGCUGUUUUACCUUCAGUGGCCACUUCCUGUGUACAAGCUCCUGGGAUAAAAACUUAAAAAUAUGGAACGUCCACACAGGGGAGUUUCGAAACUGUGGAGCCUGUGUGACCCUGAUGCAGGGCCAUGAAGGUUCCGUCAGCUCCUGUCAUUUUGCCAGAGACAGCUCUUUUCUCAUUUCUGGAGGGUUUGAUAGGACUGUGGCUAUUUGGGAUGUAGCAGAAGGCUACCGGAAGCUCUCCUUGAAGGGCCAUAAUGACUGGGUGACGGAUGUUGCCGUCAGCAACAACAAGAAAUGGAUCCUGUCUGCUUCCAAGGAUAGGACCAUGAGACUGUGGAAUAUUGAAGAAGUUGAGCAAAUUCCUUUGGUAAUCAAGUACAAAAAGGCCAUGGGCUUAAAGUUGAAACAGUGCGAAAGAUGUGACAGGCCUUUCUCCAUCUUUGAGAGUGACACCUCUUCUGAAAUAUUCACCCAAUGCGUGUUCUGCCGGAUAGAUACAAGGGGCUUGCCAGCGGAGACUUCAUCAUCAUCAUCAUUGGAAAGCGAGAACUCACCGUUGCCGAGGGGAAGCAAGGGUGACUGACAGCCACAGGACCCUUUGGGUGGCAUGAGCACAGGCUACCUAGCAUGCAGGUUUCGGGGCUCUGCAGGGACUUUCUCUUGCACCCCUCCCAGGCUCAGUAGUCCUGUUAGACUGGGGCAGAACACAAGCCUUGGCUGGGCUCUCAGCGCUUGGGAAGUGAACACUUUAUUUUCUGUUUUCACGCAAAAUAAAUCUAAUUCCUUUGGAAAA